AUGAUGUCAAGAACUGUAUCAUCCUGGAUCUUAAGCUCAGCAAGAAACAGCAUUGUUUUCCAAGGGAGAGGACGCCGGUACUCCAUCAGCAUCCCAAACAGAAACAAGCUAAAAUGGAAGCUGGUUUUCUCCAAAACACAUCUCUCCCCUGCUGGGAGCUGCAGCUUAGACAGCACUUUCUCCUCACAGAAAGCAUUCCGACACACUUCCACCGAAGAAGAACACUUUUCUUUCCAGCUGUCUCCGUCACAAAUCAACGAUAUACUCCGAGCAGGGGAAUUAUCCCACAAAACACUGGAUUUGAAUGGUAAUAGUGCAAAUUCCGUGCUGAGGUUUGAGAGCAACCAGCUGGCAUCCAACAGCCCUAUCGAGGACCGGCGGAGCGCAGCCACGUGCCUGCGGACGGCAGGGAUGCUGUUCGGGGUGUUCGACGGCCACGCGGGUGCCGCGUGCGCCCAGGCCGUGAGCGAGAGGCUGCUGCAGUACAUCGCCGUGUCCCUCAUGUCCCGGCAGGCCCUGGAGGAGAUCGAGCUUGCUGUGGAGUCCAUGAAGCCAGUUCGGCCUAUCCUGCAGUGGCACAAGCACCCCAGUGAUGUGGAGUAUGAAGAGAUAACCUCCCAGUACUUUGAGAACCUGCGGGUUUACUGGCAGCAUCUGCUGGACCUGGACUCCGAGCCAGGGUUUAGCUUAGAGGAGGCCAUGAUAUGUGCAUUCAAGAGGUUAGAUUCAGACAUAUCACUGGAAGUUCAGGCUCCUCAGGAAAAUGAAUUGAUGAGAAAUAUUGCGCUUCAAGUAGCUUUUUCUGGUGCCACGGCCUGUGUAGCUCAUGUUGAUGGUGUUCACCUACACGUUGCAAAUACUGGUGAUUGCAGAGCAGUUCUAGGGGUUCGUGAAGAAGAUGGAACAUGGUCCACUCUCCCUCUAACCCGAGACCACAAUGCCUAUGAUGAGUUCGAAAUCAGAAGAUUGAAGAGAGAACAUCCUAGAUCUGAGGAGAAAACCCUCUUUGUGAAUGACAGAUUGCUGGGGAUUCUCAUGCCCUCCAGAGCUUUUGGAGAUGUGCAGUUAAAAUGGAGUAAAGAAUUGCAGCACAGCAUUCUGGAGAACAGCUGUGAUGUUGAGGCUUUAAAUAUUUAUCAGUAUGUUCCUCCAAACUACCAUACACCUCCUUAUUUGACUGCAGAGCCUGAAGUCACAUACCACAAGUUAAGGAGCAAGGAUAAGUUCCUUGUUAUUGCUUCGGAUGGGCUGUGGGAGAUGCUGAGUAAUGAGAAGGUUGUAAAACUUGUUGCUGGGCACCUUACAGAGCUUAGUGUGCAGAAACCCCAACUGACUUUUAAGAAACCAGUUAAUUUGGGUUACAUGCACAACUUGUUGCUGCAGAGGAAAAGCAGAGGCCUGGCCUCCCUAGACCAGAACAUAGCCACUCACUUGAUAAGACACGCGAUUGGCAGCAACGAGUACGGGGAGGUGGACCACGAGAAGCUGGCUGCAAUGCUGGCACUGCCUGAAGACCUGGCCAGAAUGUACAGAGAUGAUAUCACGGUGACUGUGAUCUAUUUCAAUUCAGAAACAAUUGACAAUUACUACAGAAACAAUGAAUAG